CUGCCGAACGGACGUGUGACUGUUUUUGCAGAAAAAUAAUUUCCAUUGUAACGUGCUUGAAAAAAUUUUUGUUAAAAAGAUUAAAUUAAAUUAUUUUAUUUUACAUUUAAGUUUUUAAUUUAAUAAUCGGGAAAGUGCAUGUGCAUAAGAUCAGAUUAUUGAAUAAAAUGACACGGUCAAGGACAACAGAGUCCUUAGGGAUAUUAGAACAGUUUAGCACGAACGCCGCUUCAACCACAACUCGUACAACGACUGCCGCCAACAUGGCGUCGGUUGCCAAGUCCAGCUCUGGCGGGAAUAAAAGACCUCCCAUCAUCAUAUAUCCUACAGUUACACCGGAAUCAAUAGUGGUUCCAAUCGUUUCGUGCAUAUUUGGUUUCCCGUUGCUCGCGUUAACAGUUAUCUGCUGCCUCAGGCGGAGAGCGAAAUUAGCAAGAGAACGCGCAAGACGUCGUAACUGUGAAUUGGACAGAGGUGAACUCUCUGUGGUUAGACUAUCUCCUGUGAAGAAUCGUGCUCGUGCCGUCAGCCUGGUGCGCUCUCCACGCCCUCUGCCUACACUAGAACUGGACACGGUGCUUGAAGAGCGCUCGGACCCAGAACAGACCACGUUAUCUCAGGUUGACAUAACACCUGACCGUGAGGUGGGCACGAUACUGUUCGGUGCGAUGGGCGCGGUGGGCACAGCGGCGGCUGCAGCGGCGGCGUGCGCUCGCGACAUCUAGCGGCGCGACUCGGUCCAGCUCGGCGCUCGCUCGCCGCUCUGGGCCGCACUCACCAGUCAACCUCUGGAUGAGGAGGACGUUGAGGAAGCAUCUGUCAGCAAUGACAGCUAGCAAGAAAUUGAAGAACACACUGUUGUCGAUAUCGGCAAACAUAUGAAACUGUUCUUGGACAUUCCACUUAGGUUUUAAUAUGAAUUCAAGUGCUAAGGUGUAAUAUUACGAUUUUGCGAUCGUCUAUAUAUGUACCUACAAGUGUGUGGACCUGUAUUAUGAAAGAACUGUUAAUCACAUGUAAGUAUUUUAACUAACUUAGAGUACGUGUAGUCAUCCUUUAUUUUUCAUCCUACCUCGAAAAAGUGUUACGUAGAACCUAAGUCUAAUUUAAACUUAUUUUUAAUUUCGCAAAAUCAGAUAUGUGACUUAAAAUUUAAUUAGAAGACCCGUAGACUGCCUAAUUGGCUAAAUCUAUUUUAAGGUUUUAUAAUGACCAAAAAGUUAUCUUUAAGAAUCGCUGUAUAAAAGCUCUGACCCAAUUCCAAAUAAUUAAGUUGCCUUUUGUUCUAAUUUUAAUACUGUUGGUGCAUAUUUGCAUUUUGUAUGCACAAUGAAGUUUGAAUUUGUUUAACACUAGAAUAUUUAUCAAAACAAUGAAUAGAAUAGUUUCAAGAGUGGCUCAUAGCCUGACUUUUAUUCCAUUUUUUUAAAAUGC